UGUAACUCUUAUUUUCUUCAACCACACAAAAAUACACAACAAUGGAAACGAAAACUGAAAGCAAAGAUCAACAAUGGACGGAUUCAAUUUCUCAAUCUUCAUCUUCACGAUCAUCAUCAAUCACAUCUGAUUCUUCUGAUGGACACUUUGAUAUCCGACAUUUUCCUCUUCCUAAGCCAACAUUGUCUGCAGCCGAGGCACAAAAACAGAGAGAGACACAUCAGGCUUAUAACUCCUCUGUGAGCUCUUACACCGGUUCGUCAUGGUCCUCGGUUCGCCAGAACAACCUUGCUGACUCGCCUGGUUACGAUCCAAACCGUAUUCCAUCUUCGGUUUUCUCUAGCAAACAGUCUAAUUCGACAGAAUGGAGUAUAGCUUCUAAUGAAUCCUUGUUUAGCAUCCACGAUGGGAGUUUUGACAUUUCAACAAGGGAGGAUCAUGGAGUACCUUCAGGGUUGAGAUUGGGUGAGAUACCUAGAUUUGAAGAACCGGUUCACGAGAUAACCGAAAUCAAACCGGUUCCUCUUCCUCUCCCUCCUCCUACCUUUGCUCAGGUUGAGAAACCCACAGAACCUGAGAAAGAAAUGAUUCCAGAAAAGAAACAAAACGAUGAAGAAGAAUCAGACUCUGAGAUUAACCAUGAUGAUCAAAACGAAGAAAGCGACAACGAACAUGUAGAAGAGGAAGAAGAAGAUAUGUUCCAAGAGAAGGUUGAAAAACAAGAAGAAGUAGAAGAUGCGAAGGAGAAUAAAACAGAAGAUACAAACAGUACAGUUUCAUAUUCCCCUACCAUUUCUUGUCGCUCAGACACCAGCAAUAACAGCGUUUGUUCUUUCGCGUUCCCAGUAUUGCAGAAUGAAAAUGGAGUAGACAAAACGCCGUCUUUGGAAAUAAGAGGGAACGCUUCCCACAACACAAGACCCGAAUAUCUGCUGCCUCAAUCGCCGAUGCAACCGCCCCAACCUGAACCGCUGCCGCAUUCAGAACCGCAAUCACAACCCCAGCGGACGGCGUCCAAUAGAUUAGAGUCCCAAACGCAAUCGCCAAAAACUUGGACAAGUGGUUGCUUCUCUUGCUUCCACUGUCCUUUAAGAUGCUGGUUUUUCAAGUAGUGAAAACAUUUGUUACCGAAUGUUUAUACUGGUUGCAGGAUGAUAUAACUUUUAUGUAAUGGUGAUGCAGACACAGAAAGACCACAUUUUUUUAUUACUUUAUUUCUUAACGUAUUGAUAUAGUAGUACCUAAAAGACAGAUAUAAUU